AUGACUUUAUCAUCACGAAAUAGAAUGAAUCAGAAUGAUUCAUUAAUUAUUGGACCAAAACACUUUGCAAUAAUCAAUAAUUGGAUCGUAGGGGAACGGAAUUUACCAUAUACACUUUUAUAUCGUGGUAGUCGUGAUGGUAUUAUAUCGAAUGUCUUAAAAGAUAAAUGUUAUCGUCAAUCACCAUGCUUGGUUUUAGUCAAGGUCCGUUCUUCACCGAAAAUAUUUGGCGGGUACAGUCCCAUCGGGAUUUAUUUUUGUACCGGUGGUCAAUGGCAUAGGACAUCAGCUAUGUAUAUGGAUAAUGACAAAAAUUUACAUGUUAAAUAUAGUCAAAAUUAUCAAUAUAAUCUGGGUGAGUUCGCUUCUAAUUACGUUAUUAAGGAAGUUGAAAUUUUCAAAUUGGAGGGUUGA